GUCGCAGUAGCUGUUGUUGUUGUCGCCGCGGUUAAAACAUCGCCGUCGUUGCUUGCCGCUGCCUGCCUGUUGUGCGCGCAAUUUCCGGUUUCCGUUUCCGUAGUCGCGGCAUCGUUGUUGUCGUCGUCGUCGUCGUCAGUGUUGCCCCUUACGCUAAUAGGCACGACAAUGUUAAUUUGGCUGCCAGCUUGAGAAGAAGGUGUUAAAUGUUAAUGAAUAUAACACACACACAUACUAUCCAUUAAAAAAGAAGUGUUGGAAAAGUGUAGCAUACGUUGCAGAGUCGAUUACAAGCAAUUUGAAUAUCUCCACAAAUUGUGGGCACUAUAAUUGUGGUCAGCAAGCAAUUUUGAAGCAGCCCCCAUUCACUGCUCAAUUUCCUAGCCAGAAACUACAAAUAACUACAACAUCAGAUUUUUCAAUCCUCCUCUCCUCCGACUGUUAUGUGUGCCAAAUAGGGAAAUUGAAACUGAAAAUUCAAGAACGCCGCCAUCAUACCAACAACAACAACUCCUGGAGAAGUUAUGAAGUCAUGAGACCGACAUUCGACCGACGCCUCUGGAUAUUAUUGUUCAUUAUUUUAGUACAAUGUACCACCUACACACAACCACAAAAUAUCAACAACAAGUCACAGAAGUCGCCCGCCGAACACGCAGCAACAAAAUGGCGCAGCAUAUCAGAGCAGCAGGCGCCAUCAACACCAUUGACACACAGCCAUGCCGACGCCUCGGCGGAUGUGACAGUAGUGGCUCGGCUGCACUCAAAAGUUGACCAUAGGCAUGAGAAGGAGCGUCAGCGACAAAAAUGUGCCAAAAACUGCUCCAAGGUCAAAGCAAAAAUGGCGAAGUGGCGCGCUCGGCUAAAGAACCAUGGAGGGCAUCAGGCGCACCGCCUGAAUCAGCAUAAAGAGGCGCCCAAACGGCGACUGCGGCGUGAAACUGAGGAGGAAACUGAGGCGACAAUGGCGACCACAGUCACAGCCGCCGUCUCUGCAGCAGCCACCAGCAGUAGCAGCAGCAGCAGCAGUAGUGGAAGUAGUGGCAGCAGUGGCGUCAGUGGCGUCACUCCUGCCUAUGUGAAUGAAUCGCUGCUGGGCACAACCGCAAAGGCGAAACGUGUGCGGUCCACGGUACACUUGGCACCGGAGGAUAUGAAGCCCAAGCCCAAAGAGCCGGUCAUAAUUAUCGAUGAUGUGGAGGAGUUCGAUAGCGGCACCUCCACGCGUGAUUUGUUUGCGGCCAAGGGGCAUGACGUUGGCAACACCAACGACGAUGAUGAUGACGAUGAUGAUGGCGAGCCUUUGGAGCCGCGUGUGCUGCCACUGCGACCAGUGCUGCCCAAUCCGUAUGAGGACGAGGAGAUGUCGGUGGUCUAUGCAGAGCAGCAUUCGGAAAUCAGACUCAUGUGCGAGGUGGACCUGGACAUUGCAUCGAGCAUGUGGUACAAAAAUGGGCAGGUGGUGCAUGCCAUGGACCGCACAUCUCGCGUCACCGACUAUCGCUUCAUCAAGGAGGCUAAUGGCGCGCUAACCAUCACCAAUGUCAUGCUGGAGGAUGAUGGCAAGUGGCAGUGCGAGGCGGAGAAUACGCGCCGCUACACCGAGAACGCCCGACCCGUCAAGCUGGUCGUCCUGGAUCGACCUAAGCCUCCUUAUUUGCUCAUCGAUUCGCGUCGUCUGGACGCCGGCAAUAUUUUCGUGCCGGUCAAAGAAAACUCGGAGCUCAACCUGGCCUGCAUCAGCGAGGGUGGCAAUCCGAAGCCCACUCUCACCUGGGAGGUGUUGCUCAGCCCCGGUGUCGAUAGGCACGCACAGAAGGUGUCCGCCGAGGUGCUCGAGCUGGAGGAGAUCAAAAGCGAGAAGGAUAAGAAUUCCUAUAAAAUCAACGGCGGAGCCAAGAGCGACGCCCGUCUACCAGCCGUCUAUCGAGCGCAUCACAAUGCUCGGAUUCUGUGCGUCAUGGAGCAUCCGACGCUAAAAAUUCGCCAGAAUGCAUCGCUAUUGCUGGAUGUGCAAUACACACCCUCGUUUGCCAUUUCGCGCACACCUGGCUUCGGGUAUCCGUUGCGGGAGGGCAUCGAAGUUAGCCUCAAGUGUGACGUCGACUCGAAUCCGCCGAGCACGCCGCGUUGGCAAAAGGACGACGGAGACACACCGGUGCCACAAACCGGCGAUGGGUUUCUCAACUUUACCUCCAUAAGGCGCGAGCAUUCCGGCUGGUAUAAAUGCACGUCGCGGCAUCUAAACUUCCAAUACUCGUCGAUUGGUUAUUACCUCAGCGUGCGCUAUGACUCUGUCGACGUGACCUCCGAGCCAGAUGAUCAGGACGUUUCUGUGGCUGCUGCCUCCCACAAUCCCAACAAGGGGCAGCUUGAGGUGCAGUUGGGCGGAGCUGUGACACUGCAAUGCCCGCAAGGCUCUCUGGGCUGUUGGUCGCAUUUGGAUCCAGUCUCGGCACGAUUACGUGGCCUCGGCUAUGGGUCCUCGAUACCCACGGGUCAGUUCUCGCUAAAGGAUGUCAUGUAUCAGGACGCUGGCACGUACAAAUGCGUGGGCCAAUCGCCAGCCAACAAGAAGAAGCUCGAAGUGCUGCAAAGUGUGACGGUUUCGGUGAAGGGUGCCCCCACAGUGGUCGCCCUCAAUGCCACGCCCGUCGCCUACCCCGGCUCACCACUGCACUUGAACGUCGAGUUCUGCGCCAAUCCCCCGGCACAUGCGGCGCGCUGGCUGCACGGCGACCGCGUCUUUACGCCCGGAAACCAAUACGGCAGCACAGUGCUCGCCUAUUCAGUGAAGGAUCUGCCUACGCCCUAUUGCAAGGAGGCGCGUCUCACGUACGUCAGCAUGCACGAACGUGUUCCUCGCACGUUCUACUUCAUUGUGUCGUCGCCAGGUGGCGUCGCCGAAGCCGUCUUCAAUGUGAACUUCACCAAACGGAAUAGGCAAAUGUCCAACGCCAUCGACGACGACGAGGAAGAGGAGCUCAAUCGGCCCGAGCAAAUACAUUUCCCGGUCUUCAACCAUGGAGUUCAAAGCAGUCAGCUCGCUACAUCGGCCCUGACAGCCACUCUGAUAGGGUUAGGGAUAGGCGUAGCAUUUGUGCGGCGGCGUUAAUUUUAAGGAUGUGUGCAUGCUUGUUUGUGUGAAGGUUUGUGUGAAUUUCUUUUUUGUAAUUGGUGCGAAUGAGUGGGCAUGCCAUUAACUACAAGUAUAUGCUAAAUAAUACCCACUAUGACUAAUAAUACGUACACAUUUAUGCGCAUAUAUGUAUCUCUACGACUAAAUAUUACCUACAUUCAUAUACAUACAUACAUAUAUAUACCCACUAUACUAUAUGCUACUACUACCCGCUACUAACUGCAAUACAAAUCUCUAAAGCUAUAUGUAUGUGUGUUUGUAACCAAUUGGCGGAGAACCCCCCCAAAAAAUUAUACCCCAUUACAACUAUAACUAAUGAACUUUGUAGGCAUUUAAGUUGAAAGUCUUAACUUUUAGCUCGAAAUCUUAAGGCCUCUCUAAAUACUCCUGAGAAAUAAGUACAUAACUAAACUAAAUAUGUUCACCUUAGCCAUAACUGUGUCAAUGUAUGUGUACGUGUGUUUGUAGUUGCAGUAGAGCUUAACUUGAAUGCCAAAAAACAAAAAAAGGAAGAAAAAACUCAAAAUAUAAAUAAAGGCUUAUGUUUAUCUAUUGUUGUAAAAUUGGCCAAUGCCGACGUCAUUUUCUUGAAUGGUAAUUUAAGUUCCUUUUUGAGCAAAAAUAAAAUGAAAAGUAAAAAAGAGAGUGAAGAAAAACGAAAGGCGAAAGAAAAACUAAAAAGUGACUGAUUUUUGUUAAACAUUUUGAAGCGGUUAAUAGUUUAAUGUAAAUGAAUGAGUAAAUAAAACUUACCAGGCACGAACAAAUUCCUUCCAUUUGAAUUUUUGCGCGGCUAAAAAGGCAAAGAGCAUCAAACUGUAAGAUAGUGAAAAAAAUAACUGAUUUAUACUUCAACCAACUUAGUUAAUUAUAUUUAAUAUUUAAGAUUUUUUCAAAUCACUUGUUUGACUUGUCGAGGCAAAUAUUUGUAUCAA